AUGGCAGCAUUAAAACGUUCAGUUGAUUUAAGUAAUGAAGAAUUUAAACAAGCUUGGGAAGAUGUUAGAAAUGAUGCAACAGAUACGAAUUGGAUUUUAUUAGCUUAUGGAGAACAUGGUGAAAUUCAACUUCGUGGUAAAGGUCCAGGUGGAUUAAAAGAUAUGAAAAGAAAACUUCAUGAUAAUCAAAUAUAUGUUGGUGUUAUUCGUGUUAAAGCAGUCGAUGAGCAUGGAAGUCAUAGAGCUAAAUUUGUAUAUAUCAAUUAUGUAGGAACGAACGUACCUACAUUACGUGCUGCUCGAGCUUCAACACAUAAAUCUGAUUUUGAACGAUUUUUUCAUGGUUAUCAUAUUCAGAUAUAUGCUAAUUCUCUCGAAGAAAUAUCCGAAGAAAAUAUAACUGCAUUAUUACAAUCCUGUGCUGGUGCACAUCGACCUCAAGCUUAUGAAUUUUAA